AUGAGAUGGAAUGGCCGACUGGAGGAGUGGACGGAGGAGGAGGAGUCGCCGUCUGGUGUGGCCAGAGGUGGAGUCGCCGGCUGGAACUGUGGCCCAAGAUGGAGGUGCAGGCGGCUAAGGCAGCCAAUGGUUAGUGUAGUUUUCUUUCGACGUUGUUUCUGCGUCCGUUCAACAAUAGAAGUAGGGCACGAUAGUAUAAUGGCUGGAUAUGGUAUUGCACCUGCAAUUGGUAUUGAUCUUGGUACAACAUAUUGUUGUGUGGGUGUUUGGCUAAAUGACCGGGUUGAGAUCAUACUCAAUGAUCAAGGGAAUAGGACUAUGCCAUCUUGUGUAUCAUUCACCGAUGUAGGACGUGUAAUAGGUGAAGGUGCUAAGAACAAGUUGGGUUCACACCCUUUGUCCACGAUUUACGAUGCGAAAAGAAUGAUUGGAAGAAGAUUCAAUGAUCCCAAACUUCAACAAAACAUGAAGUUAUGGCCUUUUCAAGUUAUUCAAGGGGCUAACAACAUCCCAAAGAUUGCACUCGAAUACAAGGGUGAAAAGAGGGAGUUUUUCGCUGAAGAGAUUUCAUCCAUGGUUCUUAUCAAACUAAAAGAAACUGCAGAGGCAUACCUUGGUGAUACCGUGCUAGAUGCCGUUAUCACGGUGCCAGCUUAUUUUGAUGAUUCCCAACGCCAAGCCACACAGGAUGCUGGUUUUGUUGCAGGACUUAAUGUUCUACAAAUAAUCAAUGAACCUACCUCAGCUGCAAUUGCUUAUGGGCUAGACAAGAGUACGAACAUAACUCGUGACACACAUGUGCUCAUAUUUGAUUUGGGUGGUGGUACGUUUGAUGUCUCUCUUGUCACCAUUGAUAAAAAAGCUACUUUUAAAGUGAAAGCUGUUGCGGGUGACACUAACUUAGGUGGUCAGGACUUCGAUAACUUAAUGGUGAACCACUUCGUGAAGCAAUUCAAUGAAAAGCACAAAAAAGACAUGAGUGGGAAUACAAAAGCACUAGGGCGGUUGAAGGCAGCUUGUGAAAAAUCAAAACGAGUUCUCUCUUCAGCCACGGAAACCAUUAUCGAAAUUGAUGCUUUGCAUGAGGGUGUUGAUUUUUCUAUGAAAAUUUCUCGUGCAAAGUUUGAACAUCUAAAUCAAGACUUCUUUACUAAAUGCAUAAAGAUGGUAGAGAGUUGUUUACAUGAUGCGAAUUUGAAUAAGAAAGAUGUAGAUGAGGUGGUGCUUGUUGGUGGGUCAACUAGGAUACCCAAGGUACAACAUUUGUUGAAAGAGUUCUUCAAUGGGAAAGAGCUUUGCAAGAAGAUCGAUGCAGAUGAGGCUGUUGCACACGGGGCGUCUGUUCUUGCUGCAAAGUUGAGUGGCAAUACAAGUCUACAAGUGAACAAAUUGCAUCUCAUUGAUGUCAUCCCAUUGUCACUUGGUGUAAACGUGCAUGAUGGCUCACUAAGUGUUAUAGUUAAAAGAAAUACCCCAAAACCGACGACCAAGGAAAGAGAUUAUGUCACGUCAGAGGAUAACCAAACAAUUAUAACUUUCAAUGUCUAUCAGGGUGAGAGAUUUAGGUCUAUAGAUAAUAAUUGGUUGGGAAAAUUUCAAGUCCCAGUCCCACGCGGACCAAAAGGCAAGUCAAAGGUAAAAGUGGUGUUCAACAUAGAUGUUAAUGGCAUUUUAAAUUGCUCAGGUGAGGAAGUAACCACUGGCCUAAAAAAGAAGGUUAGAAUUAGCCAUGAUAAGCAAAGGCUUUCAAAGGAAGACAUCAAGAAGAUGAUAAUUGAUGCGCAUAGGCAUAAACUUGACGACGAGGAGUUCAAGGAGAAGACUGUUGCACGUACUAACUUGGAAGAUUUCAUUUAUAGUGUGAAAAGCAAAAUCAAAGGCAUAAAAAAAUCUGGCAAGACAAAGAUCAAGAAGGAAGACAUGGAAAAAUUGGAAAAAGCCUUGGAGGCAGCUCACAAAAUUGUUAAUGGAAGGAAGCUUCUUGACGUUGAUGAGUAUGAGAAAGCAUCAAAUCAGCUAGCAAAUUUAAGUGUUCGGAUCCUUUCCCAUGCCUAAGUGGAGAAUUACUAUAAGUUAUGUGCUAUGGUUUGUAUUGUUUUCAAUAAUAGUUGGACAUUGUUCGACAUUGAGUGUUGAGAUUUGAAUUUGUAUGUGUGAAUACUCGUAUGAUUGUUGUCGAUGUUUUUUCUAUUUGUACUUUUAAUUUUAUAUGAGUUAGUAAAGUUAUUUCAACUUUUGUAAGAUUGUCUGGUGUUAACUGAGAAUAAGAAAUUAAUGAUUGUAACUAAAUGAAGUGAAACAAUAGACUGCAUAGUGAUGAGUUCAUUAUUACUUCAUCUAACACUACAAUUAAUUUACAUAAAUUAUCUAAAUACCAAACCACAUUGGAAGUACUAGAGGUUGAAGUUGACGUCGACACCCAUGAUCUGGAGUGGAGAUCAGAAGCGUGGUGAAGAACAACGAGAGAGACACAGGGGAGAGAUGAGAGAAUGAGUAGGAUUGUGUGGUCAUCGUUGACUUGAUUUUAUUGUAAGAUUCAAACUUGUAAUUGUGGGUAAUUUGCGGUUUUUCAUUGCAUGAAUUUUGGGUGGGCAAGAGGAAAACAGUGCGUGUUUAUGGAUUUCAUCCAAUUAAAUAAUGAUCACGGAUGUCCACCAAUAUUGGAGUUAUAGU